AUGGCAGCUCUCCAUGACGCGCUCAAGACCCUCGGCCCUCUCAACUACGAAGAAACCCCCCUCGACGACCUCGCGCCCUUCCUCUCCUCCGCCUUCGGCGCCGCCCAGAUAAUCGUCGACUCCGUUCCCAUAGCCCCUGCUUCAUCCCCUCCGAGUUCUCCCCAGAGCCGCUCUCGCUCCGCAUCCUCAGCUUCCGACAUAAGCGUGAGCAAUGCGCGGGCUCCACCGCCAGAGAAAGAGGUGGAGGCGCUGCAGAAGGAGUGGAAGAGCGUCAAGAUGAACGCGAAGGACAACCCGCUGGGCAUGAGUGUUUAUAAGCUCGGCGGCAAGGAUGGGAAGGGGUCCUGGUUUGCGAGGAGGAGUGUGCAUGAAGGGUUGGGGUUUAGUAAGUGGAAGAGGGGGCUUGAGAGGGAGUUUCCGGAGACGAUGAAGGUUCAGGGUGGGCCCGGAGAGGGCAACAUCAGGGGUAUCGGAGGGGAGAAGAGGGUUGCGUUCAAGGAGGUUGAGGGUGUGGGAAAGGUGGAAGUUUAUCUACUUUCUGCGCAGUUUCCUGGGCCGACGACACCUAGGGAUUUCGUAACGAUGUUUAUUACGUCUGAUCAGGCAUUGCAAGAUAAAUCUGGAGAAGAAGUCCCGCGGCACUUUAUGGUUAUUUCGAGGCCGUGUAUACACCCGGAAACACCACCACGGGAUGGAUAUAUUAGAGGUCAAUACGAGUCUGUGGAGUUCAUUAGGGAAAUACCGUUAAACAAGGGCCCCCAAAAGGCGGCGUCUACUACAAAUCUUGAAACUCACGACAGGAGGCGGAAUAGAUCUGUCUCAACAUUAGAGAGAGAGGUCGUGCUGAGAAAUUCGAAUAGCCAACACCCGGCCCCUACCAGUGAGCAUGGUGAGAAUCCGCUCAAUGGUUCACAAUCAGAUACAGAUCUUCGUCCCACAAGUAGCGACAGUUCUGGACGAGCGCGAGGCAAGACAAUAUCGUUUGAUAGGUCAAGAGGUCCGGGUGCGAAGGGAGAGGUUAUGGACAUUCCACGAGAUGACGACGAGGACGAGUGUAAUCCAAUAGAGUGGAUUAUGAUCACGAGGAGCGACCCUGGCGGGAGCGUUCCAAGAUUCCUGAUUGACCGAGGUACUCCUGGUGGAAUUGUAGCAGAUGCAUCCAAAUUCUUAGAUUGGGCGUGUGCUAAGGGCAUACAAGACCUCGAGAGCGACGAGGACGAAGAAAUUGAGAAGGGCAAAGGCGAUAAUGAAGAGCCCGAGCAGAAAGCUUACAAACACGAACAUCACCAUAAUCAUGAAAAGGAUCUAUACAAUUGGCAAACGAAUGGUCAUUUGGCUGGUAUAGACGAGGUUGCUACACCGGCAGAAGAGAAGAGUCUAGCACCAGAACAAAUCUCCACAGAUGGCAACGGGAUAUACACCACGGUAGCUGGAGCAGCUGGUUUAGCAGGCGGCUAUAUCGCAUCUCACACUCCAGCCAUCAUCUCCGACCACCUUACUCACGUACCCGAAGAACCACAUGGUAUCAAAUCCAGCCCACCUCGCCAUGACUCCGUCUCGUCAGUAAGCAGCGUCUCUUCAGAAGGCUCAUUCGCCUCGGCUCUCGAUAGACGGGCUACAAACGAAACAGCCGACGGCGCUUCCCCGCGCAUGAGCGUCUCAACUGGCCUCACUGCGCACGACAAAGAGCUACAGAAACUCGAAGAAAAGAAGCGGAAACUCGACGAGAAGCUAAGUCUAGCGCGUGAGAAAGAGAAGAGUAAAAAGAGCGAAGACACGGCUAAAGAGGAAGAGGCUAUCAGAAAGGCACAGGAAAAGCAUGAGCGUGAAGUGAAGAAGCAGGAGGAGAAGUACAAGAGAGAAGUUGAGAAAUUGGAGCGGAAGAAGGAGAAAGAAGCUCAGAAAGCAGAAGAGAAAAAGCGCAAGGCGGCGGAGAAAGAUGAUAAAAUACGAAUGGCACGUGAGUUGGAGGAGGCUAAAGCUGAGGUUGAGUUGUUGAGGAAAGAGAAAGAGAUACUCAGGAAUCAGGUGGGGGACUUGCAAGCUGAGAACACGGCUCUUGCGGCUACAAUGGGCAAACUUGGAGGUGGUGAUGAGAUCUUGAAGUUUGUGAGGGAGGGUGUUGACAAAGGGGGCCGGCUGAGAGCGAGUAGUUUGAGGUCGAGUAGGGCGGGCAGUUCUAGUGCUAAGAGCAUUAAAGCGGGCUCCUCAAGCAAGGAGAAGGAGAUCAGUCCUUCUAUUUUGAGCGCAGAAAGUGGGGGCCCUUCUUGA